AUGGAUUACGGUUGCAAUGUCGGUAUUCCGGCCGAAAAGUAUCAGUUGUUUGGGACGGCUGUUGCGGAAUGCCGAGGAGAUGAAGGUGUGAUCCUGGACAUCAACGAGGAGUGUCGGAAUUGCACGGUGGUGUUCGAUGGACGGCCAGAAAAGAUUCAGGUAGCAUUGAAGCAUUUGCGGGUGAUUGGGCAGAGCACCAACGGAGGCAAUGGUGCGGAUGCAGGUGCUCGUUCCCAGAAGGUCGUGGCAAAGCAGAUCGCGGAAGAGAUGCGGCUCGUUGACCUUCCGGCUGUGCAGGCCUUGGACUCAGAACUGCAGGGGCUGCGAAAUGCCCUUCAGAGUGCACAGAAAAAACUGACAAGUUACGAGGCCAGAGAUGAGAAGCAGGCGCAGGAGAUCUUGCAACUGACCAGGGAGCUGAGCAGUGUGAAAGAGGAGGAGUUGCAAGCCGAUUUGGCCGUGGCACGUGCAGAGGCAGCUUCUCAGGAGAUGAUGGCUCAGGUGGCUUUACAUCGCCAGGAGUUGGCUGAGGAGCAAAGGUUGACGGCAUUUUUGCGACAACAGCUGGAGGACGUACCGCAACAGGAGGCGAAGAUACUGAAAGAGCUGGAGCUUCUACGAAGCGAAUAUCAGGCACUGGCGGCCAAAGAUAGCAGCCAAGCCUGGAAAAGCGAGGCAGCAGCCUGCGAAACGCUGAGUGCUGAAAUGGCGGCAGAGCAGGCUCGCCAUGAACUGGAGCUCGUGCAGACCGCGGAAGGCGGCUUGCCGGAGAUCCACAGUUCGGAGGUGCAGAACGCAGUGUUCCAGGGGGCUGAGGAUGCCCUGGAUGAUGACGGAAGAAGCGCCUUGGACUACGCCCGGGCGCAGCAGCAGGAAGAAGUGAUGAGGUUGCUGGACCCCAAGGCAGAGACGAGCUUCGGGGAGCAACAUGGGCAGGCCUUCCACCAUUUCGUCCCGGCAGAGGGUCCCAGCGCCUUUGAUCACUUCAACGCCUACGGGGCCAACACGCGACCUGAGGCCUUUGGUGUCGCCACCGAGGGCCCCAGCGCGGCGGACCACUUCAACGUCAGCAAGGCGCAGACGCCGCCACCGCCCUCUUCACCGUGGGGAGUGGAGGCAUUGCGCGAGAAGGAGGACUUGGGCCGCCGCGCGCGACCGGCAGCAGAGGAGCCUCAGGAGCAGAGUGAUAUCGACAAUUCCACUGUGAAGCCCGGGGAUGGUCAGGAAGGUUCCUUGAGGAAGCGACUCGGCAAAGGUCCAACUUGGAGCCAGCAGGUCUCUCCUGGACGCCGUGCAGAUGAAUGCGACGAUGAAGCCAGUUGGGGCAGCUGGUUCUAG